GUUCUUGGUGGUCUUGUUAGUGGUACGGAAGAAUCUCGUGGUCCAAUUACACUAGAUCGACCAAACCGACAAUGGGAUUAUCCUUUCGGAUGGGCACCACAUCAAAUAAUGACAUGGCGUGGUUUAGAAAAUUAUGGUUAUAUGACAGAUGCUCGACGAUUGGCGUAUCGUUGGCUGUUUACCAUCACAAAAUCAUUCGUAGAUUUUAACGGUGUCGUUCCAGAGAAAUAUGAUGUAGUUACAUUAAGUCACCUUCUUAAAGUGGAAUACGGAAAUGUAGGUGUGGACUUCAAAUUUGUACCACGAGAAGGUUUUGGUUGGAUGAAUGCUUCAUAUCAAGUCGGUUUAUCCUACUUAACAAGUCAUAUGAGAAGAGCUUUAGGUGCAUGUACAAGUCCUGAAGUUUUCUUUAAGCAUAAAUUUACAAAAGAUGUUCCUGCAGUACCUUUAGAAAAUACUUCGGUAUCGGACCAUCAACGACUAAAAGCUCUUGUUCUUGAAAUUGAUCAAAAUUUAGCAUCAUCAUCAUCGAUUUCUGAUUCAAACACCGUUGAUGCAACAGUCAUAAAAGAUGAUACACCGCCAGUAAAA